AUGUAUCCAGUGGCUGUUCCUGUGCCAGGAGAUGAAGGAAGUAAUGAUCAACAUGGGAAACUUAUUUUUUUCCUUUUUGUUUUUGGAGCUGUGUUGCUCUGUGCUGGAUUCCUUCUUUCAGUUUUUAUUCUCCAGUCAUGUCCAUCUGGAAGCUUCAGUGACUGUAACGAGGUCCUAAAGGCUGCUGGGCCAGUGCUGGCUGUAACUGGACUGGUUUGUGUUUUACUGGCACGAUCAAGGGCCAGGACUUAUAUAAGACAAAGACAAUUGCAGAAUGAGCAGGUGUACAGCCUUGUUUUUUGUCGUGGGAACUGUCAGUUUGCCCAGUUUCUUAUAUUUGGAUUCCUGUUUUUAACUAGUGGAAUGUUAAUUAGCAUCCUGGGCAUUUGGGUUCCUGGUUGCAGCCCUGGCUGGCAUAUGAUACAGUUCAACCACACUGGCACUGCUGACAUGGACCUCCAGGGCUGUGGAUUCCUGUCACUUCAAAUCAUGGGACCUUUGAUUGUGCUCACUGGGUUGUGUUUCUUUGUGAUAGCUCAUGUUAAAAAGAAGCAAAACUUAAAUCUCAGCCAAGAAUCCUGUGAAAGUGAAGUACAUGCUCACAGCCCUGAAUCUUUUCAGGUUACAGUAGGUGAUGCUGUGAUGGUAUUCCCACCCCCACCACCUUCUUAUUUUGCUGACCCUAUGUCACCAACUGUGACACGUUGUCUUAUGUCAAGUGUUUUGCCUACAAGUGAAAAUCCUCCACCAUACCACUCUAUCUUCAAUGAUGGAGCACAACUUGCUGAUGAUGAAAGAACUGUUGCUGUUAGAGACUAUGAAUCCAUAUAUACAAUUUCUGGAAGCAGCUCACCUUCAGAUAUUUUACCAAUGCUAUACCUUUCUUCUGAAUCACCACCAAAAUAUGAAGAAAAAGUGUCAAUAACAAAUAAUGAAUGUUCGCCAUCUUCUUCCUCAUCUUUUUCAUCUAUUUCCUUAGCCACAUCUGACGCCAGCUUGUAA